AUGUCUACCAAGUCGAAAUCUGCUGCAUCUUCUGAAACUCCCAAUGCCAAAGUAUCGCCGGCAACUCCUCGCGCGAGUAAGUCCAGCAGCAUCAGGGGAGUGUCUAAAUCAAACGCUGGCUCAGGCUCACCUUCUCCCCUCCAAAACCCCCGCCUUUCUGUUGAUGGCUCUCCCAGAUCACUUCCCUCCAAGCCUACUGGACGCUCUCCCAAACUCACCACUCCGCCUGAGGCAAGUCUUAGAAAAUUCAUUACAUUUACGUGUAUUAUUUUUGUCAACCGGGCUUUUUCUUCCAGUCCAGGGUGUGUUCCUUCAAUCUCUUCCCAGAAAAAAGCAACGCCGACGCGCAUUCCAAAACCAUCAGGGUCAGAGCUUCAGACCGAAAUAAAUCAUGUCCAGGAAGAUCUGAAGAGGGCCAAAGAACAACUGGCUUCCCUCGAGAAAGAGAAGGAAAAAGAUCUGAAGAGGGCCAAAGAACAACUGGCUUCCCUCGAGAAAGAGAAGGAAAAAGAUCUGAAGAGGGCCAAAGAACAACUGGCUUCCCUCGAGAAAGAGAAGGAAAAAGCACUCGAUGAUCUGAAAGAAGCCCAGAGGCUGGCCGAGGAAGCAGACGAGAAGCUGAAAGAGGCACUGAUGGCCCAAAAACGCGCAGAAGAAAAUUCUGAGAUUGAAAAGUUCCGUGCGGUCGAGAUGGAGCAGGCGAGCAUCGAAGCAGCUCAGAAGAAGGAAGAAGAAUGGCAAAAAGAGCUCGAGACUGUGAGGAACCAGCAUGCAGUAGACGUGGCUGCCCUUUUAACUGCCACUCAGGAAAUUCAGAAGGCAACGCAGGAAUUGGCGAUGAUACGCGACGCAAAGGACCAGGCACUGCGCCAUGCGGACGACGUCACGAAAAUAGCCGAGGCCCAUGCUGAAAAAAUCGAGCUUCUUUCCUCCGAGUUGGCUCAUCUGAAAUCAGCCCUCAACUCCCGUGCAGAUAUUGAGGCCAGCGAGAACAAUAAAUUGGUCACCAAACUGCAGUUGGAGAUAGAGUCCCUGAGAUGCGAACUCGAGAAGGGGAAAUCACUUGAGGAGACGUUAAAGGAAAAGGAAGUGGCCAUGGAGCAGCUCAAUGUCGACCUGGAGGCCGCGCGAAUGGCUGAGUCCUAUGCCCGCAGCAUAGUAGACGAGCUUCACGAGAGAGUUGAAAAUUUAUCGUCUCACGCUGAACAAUCAAAGCGGCUGGAGAGAUCUGCAUCCGAGUCUCUGGAGUCUGUCAUGAAACAGCUCGAAGGGAGUAACGACUCACUGCACGAGGCCGAAGCCGAAAUCGCGGCCCUCAAGGAGAAAAUCGGCUUGCUCGAAAUUUCGAUGCGGAGCCAGAAGAAGGAUCUCGAGGAAGUCGGGCGCUGUUUUGAUGAGGCUAAAGGCGAAGUAUCAAAGAUGGGGAAAGAAGUCGAGUCCCUCAAGUCGGAGCUCGAGAUGGUCAAGGAAGAAAAGAACCAGUCUCUGAACAAUGAGAAGCUUGCAGCUGCGAGUGUCAUGACUCUACUUGAGGAGAAGAAUGAGCUUAUCAACGAGCUGGGAAUUUCUAGAGACGAGGAGGAGAAAAGCAAGAAGGCUCUGGAAAGCCUAGCCUCGGCCUUACACGAAGUCUCUUCAGAGGCACGGGAAUCCAAGGAGAAGCUUCUGUCGAUGCAAGUUGAGCAGGAAAACUACGAAUCACAGAUAGAAGAUCUGAAGCUUGUCCUGAAGGCAAAGAAUGAGAAAUACGAGAGCAUGCUGGAAGAGGCAAGACUAGAAAUUGAAGAGCUGACGGGCUCCAUUGAUAAUUUGAAGCAUAAUCACGAGAGCUUGAAGGCUGAAUGGGAGCAGAAGGAGCUUCAGUUGACAAACACUGUAAAAAAAUCCGGGGAAGAGAAGUCGUCCAUGGAGAACGAGAUCAACAGGCUCAUAAAUUUACUGAGAGCAUCUGAGGAACAGGUUUUUGCAGCGAGGGAUGAGUGUGUCAGCUGGAAGAAUUCGUUGAAAGAAGCCGAGUCAGAGGCUGUAUACCUAAAAGAAGUAUUGGGUGAGGCAAAGGCCGAGAGCAUGAAACUGAAAGAGAGUUUGAUGGACAGAGAGAAUGAGCUGCAGAACGUGCUUCACGAGAAUGAGGAGCUGAUGAAAAGGGAAGCUGCUUCCUUGGAGAAGGUCGAGGAGUUAUCUAAGCAGCUUGAAGAAGCUCUUUUGGCUAACAAUGGUAAGAAAAGGCAAGAAGAGGGAAAUGGCGAGCUGACGGAUAGUGAGAAGGACUACCACAUGCUUCCGGAAGUUGUGGAGUAUUCCGAGCAAAAUGGGACUAUGGGCAACGUGAAGCCCAAGGUGGUGGAGGAGGAGAGGACGCUAGCUGAUGAUGAAAAAGAAAAAUCCAUUCACGAAGUGGAAAAUUCGAACAGCAAAAUUAAGAAUGAGAAUGAAAAGGAAAAUUCUGAUUCUGCAGAAGUUGAUUUCAAGAUGUGGGAAAGCUGCAAGAUUGAGGAAAAGGAUUUCUCCCCUGAGCAUGAAUCGUUCGAGGAGGAUGAGAUCGAGUCCAAAGCUGAUGGGGCAGAAAGCUUUGAUCAGGUGAAUAAUGGGGCAAAUGAGAAUGUCGACAAUGGUGGGAACUCGCCUUCCAAGGAGCAGCAGAGUAGUAGUCAGAAGAAGAAGAAGCCUUUGCUCCGUAAGUUUGGGAAUCUACUUAAGAAGAAAGGCACGACCACUCAGAAGUAA